AUGCCUCCCAAAAUAACAUCCAAGAACCUCUCUUACGACAACUCGGCACCGCCAUUUCUCGCUGCCCUGCGUGCUCAAGCUGCGGGUGCGACUGGUCCUGAUCCUCUCCUCGCUGCGCAACGAAGGUCAGCCAAGAAGCGGUCAAGUAGUGAAGAGGCUGAAGAUGUACCUCUUGUCGUGGAUGAGGAUGGGAACGUUGUGAACUUGGAGGUCGACAAGGACGGGAUAGUCAAGGAGCCGGCAAAUCAUUCACUGGAUCCUUCAGCAGAAAAGGAAUCGACAAAGGAACCGGAGAGCAAGGCAGCCAUUGGAGGCCGAAAACGCAAAGUCGGAAAGGUCAUCGGUGAAGCUGCUGAAGAGCCAGCCGACAAGGAGGCCAAUGGCAAAAAGGACAAGAACGGAGACGCUGACAAGGAGGCUGUCAAGAAUCGGAAACCCAAGAAGAAGGCCAAAAAGAUUAAGCUGAGUUUUGAUGAGGACGAGGGAUGA